CUCCCUCCCUCCCCCUCCACCCAACGAGAUGUCACGAGUCGCCCAGCUGACUUCAGCUCUGUCUGUGAAGUGUGAGUGAGUGAGAGAGGUGCGCGACUCGAUUCACCUUGCAGUCGGGCACACGUGCAAGUCCUCCCGGGUGUCGGGCUCUGCAGCAGUGAAGUGAGAGAGCGAGGUUCGUCCGAAGGACGUCAUGGGCAACUGCUGCUCCUGCUGCCCUUCGUGGUGCUCCUGCCCUGCGGGCGACGGCUAUGAACCACUUCCCGGCGAAAACAAUGAAGGUCACCCUCGUCAAACACCUGGUGGGGCCCACAACGAGUUCCCAGCCCCUGAGCCCCGGGACACGGGUCUCCCCGGCCCCCCAGUCGCGGCCUUCCCAGCCCCUGAGCCCCGGGACACGGGUCUCCCCGGCCCCCCAGUCGCGGCCUUCCCAGCCCCUGAGCCCCGGGACACGGGUCUCCCCGGCCCCCCAGUCGCGGCCUUCCCAGCCCCUGAGCCCCGGGACACGGGUCUCCCCGGCCUCCCAGUCGCGGCCUUCCCAGCCCCUGAGCCCCGGGACACGGGUCUCCCCGGCCUCCCAGUCGCGGCCUUCCCAGCCCCUGAGCCCCGGGACACGGGUCUCCCCGGCCCCCCAGUCGCGGCCUUCCCAGCCCCUGAGCCCCGGGACACGGGUCUCCCCGGCCUCCCAGUCGCGGCCUUCCCAGCCCCUGAGCCCCGGGACACGGGUCUCCCCGGCCCCCCAAUCGCGGCCUUCCCAGCCCCUGAGCCCCGGGACACGGGUCUCCCCGGCCUCCCAGUCGCGGCCUUCCCAGCCCCUGAGCCCCGGGACACGGGUCUCCCCGGCCUCCCAGUCGCGGCCUUCCCAGCCCCUGAGCCCUGGGACACGGGUCUCCCCGGCCUCCCAAUCGCGGCCUUCCCAGCCCCUGAGCCCUGGGACACGGGUCUCCCCGGCCCCCCAAUCGCGGCCUCUGUCCGGCCAGGGCCCUCCAGUCAGGACGAGGUUCCCCCGGUAAUCGUGCAGCAGCCUGACACCCCCUCCGCCAGCGGGCAGCGCCCCUCGCUGGGAAUCUUCGACUUGACCCCUCAAGACCCCUCCGUGGGGGGCCCGUCACCACCGCCGCCACCGCCGGCCUUCAUACCUGGGAUGGCACCGACGCUCGCGAGGCCCCUGUGGCUAAAGGAAAAGAAGCCGUACAACAAGAAGGGGGCGACGGAGCGAGUGAGGUGCAAGACGAUCGUACCGAGUGACAUAAAGAAGGAGAGCCUAUGGAGCAGCGCGAACGAGAAACAAUUCGAAAACUCCGACCUCAAGGACCGGCUCCUGCGGACCUUUGCAGCCAAGACAUCGCUGGGAGUGCCCAUAUUCCAGCCAUCCUCAAGUGGAUCUUCGCCACUGCCAUCUCCGUCCGGAAGCCCCAGUGAGGGAUCCGUCUUCAGCACACAAUUAUUACAAAAUCUCGAAAUCUUGAGAAAAUCGGUGAAGGUGUCGGACAACGAUUUCAUAAAAGCCAUCCUGACGGGUGACAUGGCCUUCCUCUCCGGGAUUAAAAACUUUCAGGGCCUGAUAGAGAAGUUGCAGAGCGUAACAGAGAAGCAGAAGAAGGCGCUGCAAGAUAAGCAGGGCAACGGAGCUCCGCUGCAGAAGAUGGAGUUCUUCUAUUUGCAGCUCGUGGAAGAGGGCCACCUGUCGGAGCGCCUGCGCUGCCUGCGCUUCCACUUCACCCGCGCCGAGGUGCUCGACCAGGCUCGGAAUGAGCAGGAGGUCGUGCUCGCGGCCCUGAGCGCGGUCGUCUCUAGCCAAGGCCUGGCCCAGCUGGCCCAGCUGCUCCUCUUCAUCCUCAACUUCCUGAACGAGGGCCCCACCUCGGCGCCUGCCUACGGAAUCAACCUCUGCGACAUCGACAAGAUCAACUCCGUCAAGAUGACGGAUCCCGCUGAGAGCGGCACCCUCCUGGACCUGGUGGUCAGAGAAUGCCAGAAAUCCCACCCCGACAUCCUCAACAUCAUCACGGAGCUCGAGCCUGUUGACAAAGCCACAAGAGUCGACGACGAGAAUCUGACAUCGGUGAUCCGGUCUCUCCGGGCGGACAUCACGAAACUGGAAGGCGACCUCAACUCAUUACCGGACACCGAGCCCCACGGAUUGUUCUCCAAAACGAUGCAACCGCUGCUUCAGGAGUGGACGCAGAAAGUGGAGCUGCUGGAAAGGGGCGAGAGCGAGAUCGGGGCCGAGUGGGAGAGGCUGAGGGUGAAGUUCAGCCUGAAGGGAGAGACGCCCAAGCUGCUCCUCUCCAGCCUCGCCACGUUCCGCGGGGACUUCAAGAAAAUCAUGGACAAGGGGAACCGUCGGAGCUUGCGGAGAAAGUCCUUCAACGACUUGUACGAUGUCGCCGCCCGGUCGGGCCCCGUACACCCUCUCAACAGACGCUAAAAACCGAAUAUUGACACGCGCGCUGACAUUGACGAUGGCGGGGCCUUGGCCUUAGCCAUCGGCAGGAGCACCCAUCGCGGUCGCGAUUCGCGUCAGACAGAGCCGCCCCUAUUCCGUUGCCCCGAGGUCUCCCUGAAGCGCUUCACGUCGCGUCUCAUCUCGACACAUUUCAAACGCCACCGCCCCCCCCCGUCCCCCUAGUGGCACGAGGUGACUGGGCUCCUGGCCUACAAAACGUGGCAACAUUCCUCCCCAUAGAUGGGGGGGGGGGGGGGGGUGAGGGGGGGCAGGGAAGGCGACGAUUGCCGAGUGUAAUCCCAGUUGGGCCUGGCUCAAGACUGGCACGUUUAGUGUCUCCUUGUCGGAGUGUGCGGGACUAUUGGGGGCACUUAAACUAUUAAAAUAUAUAUUUUUUUAUUUUACCAGGUAAAGCCCACUGAGCUGAGCAGCUCUUUUUCAGAAGCGGCCUGGCCACAAACGAUAGCUCAACAAAAUGGCGUAUCGUGUGGAAAUGUACAGCAACCAAAUACUAUAAACGCACGUUUCUAAACCCACGACCUCCUGCAUACCAGGCGAGGUAGUUAACAUCUCCUAGCCACCGUGGUGAUGAUGAGAGAGAGAUUUUCCCCAAGGCCCUGCACGCCCCUCGGUCUGGCCCUACCAGUGGCCCCCCUGUGAUGUUUAUCCUCUGGACGGACAAUGUGGCCUAAUGACACUGCGGUGUUGUCUGCUCGCCCCGGAGAAUCUCUGCUGAACGCGAAACACAUUUCUGAACUUUAUAUGAAGCAGCAGCGCUUCCCAACACUUUGCGUGUCGAUCACCUGCCCCCCCCCCCCCGUCUCAGCCAGACCCAACCUAUCGACUGAACGCCGUGCCCCGACCGCCGUUCUGCUCUUUGUAUUUUUUUACGAGCCGAAAUUUUGUUUUUAGUAAUAAAAUAAAAAAAGUUAUUCAAUGUC